AUGCGCGGUCCACGUGAUCUGCGUCCUGCUGGAGCACGAGCGGCGGGAGGGCCGGCGCGUAAGGGAGCAGCGGGAGCAGCGCAGGGGGAGGAGACGGGCGCGGGGGAGGGGGAGGGGGGGACGGCGCAUGGGGGAGUGAAUGGGGAGAGGGGUGAAGCGGAGGAUGGGGUGGUGUUGGUGGACCAAUCAGGAGAACUCGGGGGGAUAAGCGGGAUCGGGGAUGGGGAAAGAAAUGUGGAAAGGACGGGCAGCCAGAGAGAAGCGGAGGGAGAAGAGGAAUUUAUCUCCGUUCUACGCAGGAGGGACGCGGGUAGAGUGGUGACUAUAGACGAAGCAGCUUCGGUGCUUAUAACGGGACGAGCUCCGUUAUUGGAAAGGGAAGCGCGGGAGGGGGAGUCGCUGGAAGGGCUUCUGGGGGAGGAGAGGGCGGGCGGGGAGGAUGGGAGGGGGGAUGCGCAGGCAAGGAGGGCGAGGAGGAGAAUGGUGGGCGAGGAAGGAUCGACGGUGGAUGAUGAAGAGAUGGUGGUGGGGGGUGGUGCGGAUGAGAGCGAAUCGGACGACUCAGAUCAGAGCCUGGCACGGCGCAUAGAGUCAGCCAACACCAUGUUCUCCUUCGCCUGGUGGCUCGUCGGCUUCACGUGGAUUCUCUCCACCAUCGACGAUUCCUUCAAGGACGCUCCCAUCCUCUCCUGGGCCACCACGGCCUUCCUGGCGUUUGAUGUGUUCUUUGUCGUCUUCUGUGUGGCCGUGGCGUGUGUGGUGGGCAUGGCCGUGUGCUGCUGCCUGCCCUGCAUCAUCGCCCUCAUCUAUGCAGUCGCAGACCAGGAAGGGGCUUCGCGAGAGCAGAUUGAGGCUUUGCCCAAAUUUAAGUUCUACCGCCAACGCUCCGCCGCCAGCCACAACUCCUCGCAAACCAGCAGCAUCUGUCCCUUCCACUCCUGCUCCUCUUCCUUCCGCCUCUCCUCGUCUCCCCCCCUCUCCUCCUCCACCUCGUUCUCCUCCUCUCCAGCCACCCGAACCGCCCCCUGCCCCUGCUGCUCCUCCUCUGCCUUUGCCGGUGCUAUGUGGCGGAAUGCGGUCGGCCUCGCUGCUGGGCUCUGGAGGCGGGCAGGCAGGGCAGGUGGAAAUAACAGCAGCAGCAGAAAUAGUCCAAGUGGCGAUGCGCUGGACGUCCGUGUGACGGUGGAAGAAGAGACAGGUGGCGUCAUGUCAUUGGUUGGCUCGGCCCAUCCGCCAAGGCAGAGGCAUGUGGAGGCGGAGGAUGCGGAGUGCUGUGUGUGCCUUGUGAGGUAUGAGGAUGGGUGUGUGUUACGAGAGUUACCAUGUUUGCACCACUUCCAUGCGGCGUGCAUUGACAAGUGGCUUAAGUCGCACCCAACGUGUCCGCUGUGCAAGCGUGACAUUACUAAGGGCGUGGGCACUACGGCAUCACCAGACACACUGCCAAGUUCACUCUCUACUGGAGCAUCGGUUGAAGGGACUCUCGAAAGCACUCAAGGCCCAAGCGAAACGCCAUAA